CAUCGCUUCUCUGGCUCUGGAUCACACCUGACCAACUGUUCGUUGGAGAAACACCGACCAUGAGGAGGACGACGACGCUGCUGGGAUCGUUGGUCUUGCUGGUAGCGAUCGUCUGCCGAUCAGCGAGCUCCUUGAACCCGGACGCUGGUCCCUGGGUGCAGUCCACGCAGGGUGAACCAUGGCCGUUGCCCAAUCUCAGACGUCUCGGGAAUGCGUAUUAUUUGCUCAGAGCGUCCACGUUUCAAUUCAACGUAGUCGGCGAGACUUGCGAUAUAGUGGUGGACGCGAUCGAACGAUACAAAGCGAUCAUUCUGACGGAAGCACGUAUAGCAAAGAUCUUUUCGCAAGGACACGGUAGAUCGUUACGGGAAAACAGCACCAGCAAAGGCACGCUCACCGCUCUGGACAUUCAUUUGGGGGAAUCCUGCGAAAAGGACGGGAAUCACUGGCCCCAUUUGCAGAUGAAAGAAUCAUAUACUCUAAGCAUCAACGAAACGUCCACGGUCGCUAAUCUCGUGGCGGAAUCGGUAUGGGGUGUUCUACGAGGCUUGGAGACCUUCUCGCAGCUCUUAUUCCCAGCCGGCGAUGGUCCUAACCUGAAGCUUAGGUGUCAGACUAUCGUCGAUCGACCGAAAUUGCCCCAUCGUGGGCUACUUCUGGACACGUCCCGCCAUUACCUGCCCAUCCCUGAUAUACUGCUGACGCUGGACGCAAUGUCCUAUAACAAAAUGAACGUUCUUCACUGGCACAUCGUCGACGAUAACAGUUUCCCCUAUCAGAGCUCCAGAUACCCGGAACUGUCCGCCAAGGGAGCGUAUCAUCCGACGAUGAUUUACACCCUGAACGACAUCCAGCAUAUCGUUGAGUACGCGAGGCUUAGGGGUAUCCGUGUGAUGCCGGAAUUCGAUACCCCUGGACACACCAGAUCGUGGGGUUUGGCUUAUCCGGAGUUGUUGACCCCUUGUUAUGACCCACAAGGUAAACUCAGCGGCAAACUGGGCCCCAUGAAUCCCACGAAUCCACACCUGUACGAGUUCCUACGGAAUCUGUUCUCCGAGAUCGUCCAGGUGUUCCCUGAUCAAUACGUUCACCUGGGCGGCGACGAGGUUCCGUUCGGUUGUUGGAGGAGCAAUCCCGAUGUGAACGCGUACAUGAACACGCACAACAUGUCUAGGAAUUUCGCGUUACUCGAGGGAGAGUACAUAGCGAAGCUACUUCAGAUCACCAAUUCCCUGCAAGCGAAUGCCAUCGUCUGGCAAGAGGUCUUCGACAACGGUGUCGUGAUGCCGAGCAACACGGUGGUGCACGUGUGGACAGGUGUCUGGGCGAAGGAGCUCGAGAACGCAACCAAGGCUGGGCAUCCUGUAUUGCUGUCCGCUUGCUGGUAUCUGGAUCACAUCGCCGGCGGUGGCGAUUGGAAAAAGUUCUACAAAUGCGAUCCCCUCGGUUUCAACGGCGCCUCGAACGCAACCGGUCUGAUGCUCGGCGGGGAGGCUUGUAUGUGGGGAGAGUUCGUGGACAGAAACAACGUGCAUCCCCGAAUAUGGCCACGUGCUAGCGCGACUGCAGAACGUCUUUGGAGCAACAACAAACAGGACGAGAACAGAGCAGCCCAACGCCUGGAGGAACAUGCCUGUCGUAUGAACAGACGCGGAAUUCCAGCCCAGCCGGCGAACGGUCCUGGAUUUUGCGUGACAUGAUAUAAACAAGUAUUCCCUUUUCCGUCACGGAGAAGGAGAAACCCAUGAAGUACGGCAAUGUUUAUCCAACGCUUCGGGGCCACAAUUUACUACGCGCAUGGAAAACAGUCCAUAAAUUGCAACCGAUUAAAGAAAAACAUACGAUGAUUUGUACGAAUUUUGAUAAAUAAACGAAGCGAUUGUUUCAAGAAACAUCGCGAAUGG